AUGGCACCGUCUGCCUUGCCGAAUGGCGCGGAGGAGGGCCAUAUCAGCAAUCAAUCAGAACCACGGUCCAACAGCCACAUCGAAAGCAAUGGCAGUCGUGUAAAUGACCCCAACGGGUACGACAAUGGGACUCAGUUCGAUUACUCGUACCCUCCCUCCAUUCAACCUGAUUUGCCCUACCGCGUUCUGAAGCAGUACCAUUCGAAGCCCACAAAGCUAAGAGUGGCAUGCGUGGGAGCUGCUGUUUCGGGCAUGUGCCUUGCCUACAAGAUGGAAAAGCAACUGGCUCCUGGCUCCUGGGAGUUGACUCUCUUCGACAAGAACUCCAGGCUCGGCGGAACAUGGCUCGAGAAUACAUACCCCGGAGUUGCGUGUGACAUCCCGUCCCAUCUGUAUACCUUCUCUUGGGACCCGAAGCCCGACUGGACCGAGUACUACGCUAGCGGGAAGGAGAUUCUGGAAUACCUCGAGGGUUUUGCCGACAGACAUGGUUCCAGGAAAUACAUGAAGCUCAACACAAAAGUCGUCGAAGGUCGCUGGGACGAAGAAAAGGGGCUUUGGAGCCUGACGCUUGAGGACCAGAUCACCAAGGGAACAUGGCAAGACUGGUGCCACGUCCUGAUCAAUGGGAGUGGCAUUUUGAACAACUGGAAAUGGCCAGACGUUGAAGGCUUACACGACUUUGCUGGUCCCAAGAUGCACUCAGCCAAUUGGGAUCAUUCGGUCGAUUUCAACAACAAGAACGUUGGGGUAAUAGGAACAGGCAGUACGUCCGUUCAGAUCGUGCCUGCGCUUCAAAAGGUUUGCGACAAAGUCCAGGUGUUCAUGCGCUCUUCCACGUGGAUCUCUCCUCCAUUCGGCGGCGGUGUUCUGUCGGACCUGCGUCAAGACGGAGACCCGGGGCACCGACAGUACAAGUUCACCGAUGAAGACAUCAAGAGGUUCCGGGAAGACCCGGAGCAUCACUUGAUGUUUCGGAAGCGGAUCGAAGCCGAGAUCAACUCGCUGUUUGGUAUGUACCAACAGGGCUCACAGAUGUCUGAUAUGAUGAGAGGUCUCAUCACCGAAGAGAUGAACCGGCGCAUCGGUGACGGCCCUGGCACUGAGGAACUGAAGAAAUUCAUCAUCCCAACUUGGGCACCUGGCUGCCGCCGCAUCUCACCCGGCGAUGGAUACCUCGAAGCUCUGGCACAGCCCAAUGUCAAACCCAUAUUUGGCGGGAUCAGAAAGGUCGUGCCAGAAGGCAUUGUCACUGAAGACGGCCAGACGCACAAGAUGGACGUUCUGGUGUGCGCCACUGGCUUUAAGGUUGCCUUCCGGCCGGCGUUCAAGUUGAUAAACGGCAAAGGGCAAACGCUGGACGAAGACUGGGGCGACAGCGUCAAUCUCUACUUUGGAAUCUCUGCGCCUCGGUUCCCGAACUACUACACCAUCGUGGGCCCAGGUGCAACGUGGUCAUCGGGCACCCUCCUGCCGUCCAUCGAGACAUGCAUCGAGUACUCAAUCAAGAUGAUGAAGAAGAUACAACAUGACAACAUCCGAUCGAUCGACGUGAAGCAGGAGGCUGUGGACGAUAUCUAUGCUCACUUCGAUGAAUUCCACUCCACAACCGUCUUCCAAGAGGAGUGCCGAAGCUGGUUCAAGGAUGGCAAGAAGAAGAACCGCAUUUAUUUGUGGCCUGGUUCUACCAUCCACUUCCUCAAGACCAUCAAGGACCCUCGCUUCGAAGACUACGACAUCCGAUACCGGUACGGCAACCGGUUCGCUUUCCUUGGUAGUGGUGAAGUCCAAGCAAACACGACCAAGGAUGUCAAAGGGUUGAGCACCUACGUCCGGGACGCCGACCACGAGUGGACGGUCGACUGA